UAGCUUUUAAAAGCAACAUGUCUAACGAAACAGGAUCAUUUGCUAAAGAAUUGGAUGUAACUAUGGAGGGACAGGAGUCAUCAGGAAAGACGUACAAGCUGGAGGAGGUGUCCAAACACUGCGAUGCUGAAAAUAUAUGGAUGGCAAUUCACAAUAAAGUAUACGAUGUCACCAAAUUCCUUGAAGAGCAUCCUGGUGGCGUAGAAGUUAUGCUGGAACAUGCAGGAUCGGAGGCUACCUAUGCUUUCGAGGAUGUCGGACACUCCUUAGACGCAAGAGAUCUGCUUGCUCAAUACUAUAUUGGAGAUGUUCAUGAUGACGAUCGUACAGAAAAAGGAGCGACAGCAGAAAGUGACGACAAAGGGGGAAGUUCCAGUGCCCUUAUGUUGGGAGUUGUUGCUGCCGUGGUGGCCGCCGGGGCUUUCUUCGUGUUCGGGGGCCGAACUUGACUAGGUGACAUAGAGCUAGUCAAAGCUUGCUGUGAGAACGACUUUUAUAACACAUGAUCAGUGACCACGUGACCCCAUUCCAAAGCGUAGGUGUUAUCACGUGACCCCACCUAAAGUGUAGGUGUUCAGAGUAAACAUCCUGCAAGUCAGAUAUCGAGUACUUAUUUAUGAAUAAUAAUUUUGAUUUCCACUAAGCCUGAUCGGGUAUAGUAUAGAAUUAUAGUGCACCGAUUUAAAAUUAGCGGUUUUAAGAGAUUCUCAGAAAGGUCAGCCAAUUAAAAAAAAUAUAUAAAUAUCAAUCCAAGAAUUUCCAGACACUUUUAAGGGGGCAGGGGGGGUCGACUUUUUAGUUGUUUCUGAUAGAUGGGAGUGAUAUCUAUCAGAUGCUUUUGAUCCGAUAGAAAAAUAUUGCUCCUAGCAGAAAUUAUCGCCGGUAGAAGGUCAGCGCUUGUGUGUAAUUGUAUUGCGCGAGCGAUUUUUGAUCGCGUGCCCUGAAAAUCGAGUCUAAAAAUCUAUCUCCUCCUACAUUUUUUGAGCAAUCACUCUCAAACUUUCAGGAUAUGUUCUAGGGAUCAUUUAGAAGAGAUUGUCCAGGCAAAAUUUUGAGAUAGGCCUUUAAACAUUUUUUAUUCGAUUUUGAAAAUCUUAGACCUGGUUUUUUGACGAUUUUUCGAGGUCCAAGAUUUUUAAAAUCAUCGAAUAAAAAUGUUUUAAGGCCUAUCUCAAAAUUUUGCCUGGACAAUCCCUUCUAAAUGAUCCUUAGAACAUAUCCUGAAAGUUUGAGGGUGAUUGCUCAAAAAAUGUAGGAGAAGAUAUAUUUUUAGACUCGAUUUUCAGGGCACGGGAUCGAAAAUCGCUCGCGCAAUACAAUUACACACAAGCGCUGACCUUUUACCGGCGAUAAUUUCGGCUAGGAACAAUAUUUUUCUAUCGGAUUAAAAGCAUCUGAUAGAUAUCACUCCCCUCUAUCAGAAACAACUAAAAAGUCGAUUUUGAGAAAAUUUCCAUGAAGACCCCCCCUGCCCCCUUAAUCGAACAAACUAUGUUUAAAGUUCUUACCGUUUUACCGUGAGGCCCUCUUAUAUAACUAUCAGUGAUCUCGACUGUCAAUUCUAAGUCAAUACACUUAUAUAAAUAGUUGUAUCUGAUUCUUAUAUAUCUGAAUUAUUAUAGAGAAUUGUUCGUUUGGGGGUAGAUUAGUUUGAUAACAGGUUUUUGUGAUUAGUAAGUGUCUGGGCGAUUUCUGUAAUAUCUUUCUAGCUAAAAUAGAUUUAUCAUUUAUAAUAUAUACCAAGUUGUACAAAUGAUUAUUCAUUUAAAACGAAUGAUCUAUCAUUUGUUUCUAGUUUUUUGAAACUGCCAAAUAUUGAUUUCUUAGUAUUUUAGAUACGUUUCAGUUUCAAAAUUAACUCCUAAGAAUUAAGAUAAGCAACUUACAGUUAUAAGUAAUACUUUUAUACAGACGAUAAUUUAUUGAACAUUUAUUGAACAUUUGACAGAGAAUUGGUGCAUCGUUUGAUUGAAUUAUGCUAUGUUUGGAGAAGCGAUAGUGGUUUGUAACAUAAAAUCCACAGAUCUUAGAUCGUAUCUUUCCCAUUUGCAUUUUAUAGUUCCCACUUCUUGAUCUAUCUAUAUGCGUUUAAAUGUAUUGUGAUUAAUCGUUCAAUUAAGUGAACUGUAUUGGAAAUUUAAGUAACUUAAA